UUUAGUAUUUGCUCUAAUCUCUUCACCCCGUGUUCUAAAACUAAUAGCACUUCGAAACUCCGACCAUUCGAGCUUAUAUAUAACCACAUCCAUCAGCAAAGACAUUACAUAGAGAAUUGGUACCAAUAUGAAGAUUGUGCUUGUACUUUUAGCUCUGGCUGUAGCCGCCGUAUGCGGGGACGGUAUCGUCUGGAAGAAAUGUACUUCUGAUAGUGACUGUGGACCUGAUGAAUGUUGUACUAAGAUGGCCUUACUUGGUAACAGAUGCCGAUGGAACUUAAAAGAAGGUACAAUGUGUAAAACUGUUACUGAGAGUGUUGUUGACAAAAUUCACAAGAGGUGCCCAUGUGGAAAUGGCUUAUCAUGUACCCAUGUUAGGACCUUGGCUGGUUUGUACAAAGUCUAUCAGUGCAAGAAAACACCAACUAGCUAAAUGGAAAUCAUUUUAAAAUAAUGAUAAAAUGAGUUCA